UGGAGCACUUGAUCACUUCUAAAUUUUAUGAAGUUACCGCUAUUUUACCUUCAUGGCGCGGUCGCCGGUGUCAAAUUUAGGUGAAUUCUUAAGAAAGGAUGGUUCAGUAACGAUGGUUGGAGUGCAGCGACCAAGAAGCCCGAAAAUUACCGAUAAGAAGUUUACUUUUGCAGGCGGAAAGAAUGAAGAUUGGAACACUGUAUCAAAUGCUGUAACUGCCCUAUUUCAACGAAAGAAGUUAGCAAAAUCAGAAUUAAGCAGUCUUACGGAAAAGGUUAAAUCUGUGAAACAGGAAGUCGGCGGCUCAACGAUUUGUGAAUGGUUUAAAGAAUCACUUGUUAAAGGAAUGAUCAUUCUACGCGAAGACGUCAAAGACAAAAAUGGCGAGGUUCUGUUGGACAAGCUGGCAGAUAGUUGGACUUACUUCUUCUGUACGAUAUUGCCGUUACUUCAAGCAAUUUUCUUAGACAUACAGUCCCGUGAAGCUCAGUCUACUAGGUCAAUUGCUCUAUUAAACUUUCGCGACGUUGUAGUGUUGAAAACUAAAUUGGAAGAAGCGUUUGUUAUGGACUUGACUGUUCCGCCAAAAGUCGCACAGAUGCUGUUGAUUUUGCAGGGUGUUCAUGAUGACCAAACUAGCAGAAACUACAGAAAACUUGAACAUCUCAUUUCGUUUGUUGUGUCACCUUACUUAAGUUCUACAGGCUUGAGAACCAAACCUGUGAAACCAUCUUUGGACUCCAAAAAAAGUGAAAGUGAAGAACUGAAUAAUAAGUCAGAGACUGCAUCACAUUCGGAGAAGAAACCACGUCCAUUUAGUGUGGGAUCUUUGGAACUUCAGUCCAAGUACUCAGCUGACAGACUUCAUGAGACUUCUCUGCAAUCAGGACCAAACAGACGUUUCACUUUUGCUGCUGAAUCUUUGAAUGAUUCAUCGCAUAAUUCUGUAUUCAGUUCCAGCACGUCCACUCUUACAUAAUAGUCAAACAUGAAUUAAGCCCUCAUUGUAAGUGCUUCAGCUUGAGCAAUUCCUUGACUGCAAGAUAGUGUAAGGCAACCCCUGAUAGAGAUCUGCAGGGGGUAGCACUGAUAAUGAUUGCCAGACCCCAGACUAACCUCUCUCCCUACUCCCAACUCGUCUCAAAUCCUCCCAUGAGCAGGGAAAUGCACAUCCUGGAGUAUUAAUAAAAAGGGCCAGCUCAGAGGCUAAGUGCUACUAACAGUAGGCCCAUUACUUUGGUUAGUCAUUCUGAGGAGUAAAGUUCAAAGUUGUGACAACCAACUUCCUGUCAUAGGUUUAUCCUGGUGUACACCACCUCAGGUUAAUGAGGAUAGAGAAGUUUGAAGUGUAAUUUGCACAGAGCUAGGUGCCUCAGAAGGCUAAAAUUCAAUGUGGGGUUUGUUUUCCCAGUUGUGUAGUGAGAAUCAUUAUUUCCUACAGAAUAUGAAGAAAGUUAUUUUCAAAAAUUGUGCUGAAAAGUGCAAGAGAUGAUUAUAUUUUUUUUGAAUUUCUCAGUCAGUGUCAUAUUUUAUGGGGAUCCUGCAUUUCCUUGGCUUUACCUGACUGGUUUUGAUAAUAUUUAAACUAUUUAUUUUAGUAAUUAUCAAAUUUAAGGUGUUUCUGUUCUCUGGAAUUUUCCAUUCUCCAUUUCAAUUAUCUUUGAAUAAAUUUUUUACCCAAACAUUUUACUUACCUGUGAACCCUGUUUGCAGUUUUUCUCAGGAAUGUCGCAAAUUACAAGUCAAGAAACUAAAAACAGUGGUAAUUUCUGGGAACAAGCAAGGUGUAUAAUUAGAAAAAAAAGGAAUAUUGCAAUAGAAUAGAAAUCUUGCAAUGAAAAUAAAACUUUUAAGUAACUACUUUUUAAGAGGCUGGAAAAUUUGUCAUUCUUCAAUUAACUCUACAUGUUACAUUUUGUCAACUAUAGAAUGGUAAAAGGUACAUGAUAGCUAUUAGGGUUACACUUGGUAAGCAGAGGUUUCAAUAACAGCUUUAAUUGAAACCUGUUGUCUACAGCUGCCUAUAAAACCUAUUAGGAUGUCUGUUUAGCCCUUUAACUCCCAGAAGUGAUUCACUCGUAACUUUUCCCUAUGAUAUCCAUACAUCAUCUUGCAAACAGGUUGUGAGAAAACUCAAACUUAUUAGGUUUAAGUUGUUUCCUUGAUUGUACCCCAAAUUCUUGUGACCAAUUUACAAGGAAAUGUGCAAUAGCUAGAGGGGAGAAUUAACAAUCAGAUCUUGGGAGUUUGAGGGUAACCUACUGGCAGGCUCUUGUGUUUGGGUUUCACUUUUCAGGUUCAUCUGUGAUUCUUUUUGUUUCUUGUCAUUAAUUCUAAACUCAUGUAUAGUCUGACAUUUUUUACAAAGAUGAUCAAACCUAUUCUCCUGAAUAAAAGAAAUUAUAUUACAUUUA